AGUAGCAUGCAGACAGAGACAUAACUCAUAAACCACACAUUGCUUUGCACGUCCAGGGAUCCCUGAUGUGGUGCCGCCACUAUAAUCUAGACAAUAUAAAAUAACCCAGAGGAAAGACUCACAAUGGGAAGCUGGAGCCCAGCUGGACAUUUUGCCUCCAAAGAAAUUAAGAUUUUUCCUGGUUGGUCCCAGGCGGACAGGUAAGAGCUCUACUCUACUCCUGUGCCGCGGGCGGGUUUUUGAAACCAGAGGAGGUGGGACCAGCACAGUUGCCAGCUCCGUCACUGCUGGACGUAAUGUGAUCGUUGUGGAUGUACAAGGCGGGGGUUCGUCCGAGGAGUCUGUGCCCCGAGAGGAGAAAAUUGAGCUACUGAGAGCGUUGAGACCUGAUGGACCUCACGUUGUUCUGAUAGUAAUCCCUCUGCUGGACUUCACUGAGGCGGAGAAGAGAGCAGUCGAGAGGAGGAUGGAGAUCUUGACCUUCGCAGUCCUUGAGACACACAAUGGUGUUGUUCACCUUUGGAGACUCGCCGAGGAGACAUGGGCGCAGCGUGCAGGAGCACAUCCAGUCAGGAGGCCCGCCAUUAACUGGCUAAUGGACAAGUGUCGCUAUCGACAGCAAGUAUUGGACAACAAAUGAGCCAUUCAUUGCCUAGAACACUAAAUCAGGAGGUGGAGGGAGGCAUGAAGAAACAGGAAGUUACUUGGUGGAGGAAAGAUAACAAGGGGGCGGGGAGGAAGAACAGAGGAGGUGAGGCAGAUGACAAAAAGGUAAGAGCUCAGGAGCAGGUGAGAGAGCUGCUGAGUAAAGUGGAGGACGUGUUGCAGGAGAACGGUGCAUCGCACUUCUCUCUUCACAUGUACCAAAGGCUGGAGAAGGAAUGGAGCCGCAGGGAGCAGCAGCUGAGAGCUCGCCUUGAGGCAGAGACCGGUGUGGGAAGUGAGAGAAGACAACAAACGACAGCGGAGGCGAAGAUAAACAUGGAACCAGAGGAGGAGCAGGGGUUAGAGACGGAAGAAGACGAGUGGGGAGGUAGCCUGAGGAAAGAGCAAGAGCACAGAGAGGGAUGUGUGCAGAGGAAGCUAAAUAAAGAGGGAGAUGAAGAGCAGAGAGUGAGGGCGGAGCUUGAGAGACAGAGCAGUCAGAAGGAUGGGGAGGAUGCGGGCUGUGACAGUGGAGGAGAGAAGGAGGAAGAGGGCGAAGCAACGAUGAAGAGGGAGAGCACUGAAGGGACAACUAGAAUGAUGGCUUAAUGUCGGCCUAAUGGGGGUCAAAGGUUAGCCUUUAGUCCAAUCAGAAGACUUGCCUAAGGUGACUAAAAACACACCAGCAAUAAACCCAAGUACCACUGUGGACACUCAGAGCUUCAGUUGCUCCUCAGUAACCACUGCACUUACCCUGGACAUGUGUCACAUGAAAAGGGGAAGUUCUACAGAAUGUCUGCACUGUAACCAUCAAGCUACAGCUGUUUAGCUUAGCUUAGCAUAGCAAGACUAAGAACAGAGGGAAACAGCUAGCAUGAGUGUUUUUUCGAAAGGACAAGAAUACGCCAAGUAUGGCAACCUCAUGCUAGGGGCAAGAAAGCCAAAAAUGAAAGUGUAUCUUUAUGUCAAAAGUAUUUCUCGCCUGCACAAGGACUACAUGCAACAUACAUGUACAUUUUUUUUGUCUUUUCCAUGUCAUCUAUGUCAUGUGCUGCCAAGCUUUAAGAUCGUGUACAACUCCUACUAAGCACCAUCUAUUAUAUAUCUGCACUGCAUAAUAAAUGAAACCCUUUUCUGAAAAAUGCCUUGUGGUUUGAAGUGAAUCUGCUGCCGGUCGCAUACUUCGCUCCCAUGCAGGAGAGAUUAACUUGGAUCGGUUUUGCUGCUAAAAUCAUCAGGAAUGUAAAACAUUGCGUGAUCCCAGAUCUCGUCUCCCUCCCUCAUUAUGCACAGUAUGUCACCGAACACAGGGGAUGCCAUAUGAAACAUGACACAAUGUACCAUUCUCUCAUACUCAUGUAAUUAAAGUCGAACUUACUUUUUUUAAUGUUUUCAAUUUGUGUGAACGAGACAAUCACCGACGCCGCAUGCAAGUUUUUAUGGCGGAGCUGAGGGACGUGUGGUCUACGACCCAUUUCAUUACAUCUGAGCAAAUUGUCAAUUGGUUUGAGGGAAUUGCUGUCUCUCCUCAGCUGACACAGACAGUUAAUCCUCAUCUCUCGCUCACAGUCAUGAUGCCACGCAAGGUCAGUCAUGUUGUACCCGACGAGGUCGGACUCAGCCCGGGACAUCAGGCAGGGCCAGAAAAAAAAAAUACCAUUUCAAAUGCACCAAAUCUGAUUAGAGCAUCACUUGAUCCCUCACUCUGGAAUAGAUUCAGUUC